CAACGAAACUUGAUCAAUUCCAUCUUGUUAUGCGUUGCGCUUGAGCGAAACAUCCGCCAUAAGAUGAAAUACUAAAAAGUUUGGCAUGAAAAUCGAAUUUAGCCCCUUCAAAUAUAAAAGCCAAACCAACAAAAAAGAAGAUUAUCAACUUGAUAGCAUCUCUAAAAAUUUCGUAGAGGUGUUAUUUGUGUAUUUUUCUCUUGUUUGAGAGGAAGUAGUGGAAUAGUUUUCCGAGAAAAUGAUACUAACCACGUGACAUGUCGCGUUGACCAACUUCCUUAAUUUCUAGGAAAGACAUUUUUCUGUUCCUAGAAAUCGUUCUAAACGCAAAUUGCUCUCAUUUCGCUGAAAGAAAACGAGGGGAAAGAUGGAUUUUAUUGUAAAGACGAUGAGAUCCAAAAUUCUUCCAUAAGCCGUUCUUUAAAAACCAGGGAAACGGAUCAUUAGCCAUGGCAGACCGUGAUGAUGAUGGAUUUGAUUUAAUCAGGCCAUCUUUGAUCCAGCAGUUGAGAACAAUCCUAGAUCAGUAUCCAGAUGAUGGGCAGAUAUUGAAGGAACUCAUCCAAAAUGCAGAGGAUGCACAUGCAAGUCAUGUAAAAUUCCUCCACGACAAACACAGCUAUGGCACAACCAAACUUCAUCACCAGGGUCUUGCUCAAUUUCAGGGCCCAGCUCUUUACGCAUUUAAUGAUGCUCAGUUUACAAAAGAGGACUGGAAGGGCAUACGGAUGUUGUGCGAUAGUUUUAAAGUCAAAGACCCAUUAAAAGUUGGCCGUUUUGGUCUUGGCUUUAAGUCUGUUUUUCAUAUGACAGACCUACCAAGUAUCGUCAGUGGUUGACAGAUCGGAGUGAUUGAUCCGCACGAAGAGUACUUCAGCGACGAAAGGGGCAAACGAACCGGGCACAGGUGGCUAUUGAAAGAAGAGCGAAACCUCAUAGAAAGCAUACCAGACCAGUUUGAGCCAUACAAAGGGAUACUCGAUUGUACAGAAGACACGUUUAAACAGGGAUCCUAUGAUGGAACACUGUUUCGUUUCCCUUUAAGAACCAAUCGAUCUAAGCUAUCGCAGACGUUAUACACUACCCAAAAGGUGCACACGUUAUUUGAAAGUUUUGAAGCAGAUGCUCAUUUGAUCCUUCUCUUUCUUCAGUAUCUGGAAUCCAUUGAACUUUUUGUUCGAGAGGAAACGGAUAGUGACGCUAGGAAAACUUUUCAAGUCCAAAUCGCUAACGAGACCCUCCAAUUGGUGAGAGAAAAGAGGAGCGAGUUUCGAUGGAAGAUCUCAUCAGGUGAUCUAUUGCCGGAAGCCGUCAGGGUAACUUAUCCGAUCACCAUUGAAGCAAUUUCUUUCUCUCAAGGCAUACAAAGUGCGCCAGAGCGACAUUCGUUUUUAGUUAGCAACUACUUCUGUGGAGGAGAAAUUUCGUCAGAAUUUAAAGCCUUGACUUCGGAUCAAGAUCUUAGCUAUCUGCCUUUAGUAGGUGUCGCCAUGGCGAUACCAGAACGGGAGAAUGCAACACAAAACAUCAAAGGCCACGUGUUUUGUUUCUUACCACUACCAGUACAAAAGACAAGUUUGACAGGAUUGCCAGUGCAUAUCAAUGGCUUCUUUGCUUUGAGUCAGAACAGGCGCUACAUUAAGACGCCUACGGCUGAACAGGAAGAUCUGGCUGAGAAGGAAGACCAGCCCCUGACUGACAAGUCAUUGUUAUGGAACCAGUGUCUUCUGCAAGAGGCCAUUCCUAAAGCUUAUGCGUCAAUGCUGCUGGAUGCCAUGGACAAGCAGAAAUACAGUGUGCAAAGCGAGGCCGUGUACACAGCAUGGCCUGAUACAGCCGAUAUUGAUCAGAAAUGGAAAAGAGUAGAGAAACCCCUAUUUGAGUUGCUACUUGACAAGAGCGUCAUCUAUACUCCGGCUCAAGGAGGAAAGUGGCUAAAGGUGCAAGACGUAAUCGUUGAAAAACUUGCAGAAAGCGAUCCUAAGGAACUUCUGGUGAACGUUUUCCUCGCAGCGAAUAAAAACGUCGCCAGUUUACCCGACCACGUUUUAAAAGCCAUUUGCUUGUACUCAACUUUGAGUGCAGAAGUAACGCCCUCGUUGACGCGAAGAGUCCUCCAGGUUGUUCCCUCUUGCUAUUUAAACCUGAAAUGGUUAGAAAAGCUCUUGCUGCUGAAAUUUGUCCUCAAAGACGGUUGCUUUUCUGAGCUUCUCGGAUUGGAGCUGUUACCGAUUUCCAACGAGCAGUUUGCGUCUUUUUCCAACAUGGGCGAGGCUGUCUACAUUUCUUCAUCAACACAUCCCCGUGAACUUUUACCAUGUCCAAAACUACAAUUCUUAGAUGAGAACAUCGACCAAGAAUUGUCACGAAACCUGGAUGCAGUCGCAAAUCAAGGAUGCACUCAAUUACGGCAUUUCACUAAAGAUGACGUUGCUAAACUUCUCCCGACGUCACUACCACCUGGUUGGUCUGACGAACAAAACGUUUUGUGGUAUCCCGGGGUCGGAAGUCAUCCGUCCAAAGACUGGCUUGGAAAUUUGUGGGCCUACCUGGGAAAAAGCUUUUCAUCAGUAGACGAGCUUUGCAGACUUCAAGGCCUGCCACUACUUCCACUAGAUUUGACGAAAGCUCCGAUUAUCCUCGUGAGACUUAAAGUGCAAGCUGAUGUUGUCGUAAGAAGCCUUCAUGGGGAUUCUUUAGAAGACACUGUAGUCAGAGCUUUGCAAGAACUUGGUGUUACAGUAAUGCAAGAGUAUCCAGGGUUCCUUACUCGGCACCCUGCCGUUGUGGGAACGUUUGUUCAUCCGCCAUCAACUCUCAGCGUAUUGAAAGCCGUGACAGCUGUCCUUUCCUUAAAGCCUACUGCCAUCCAAACCAUAUCAGACAAUGGUAAACGAUUUUUCAGGAGAUUUGUAGCCAAAGCCUCUUCGCUCAGUCCAGACGUGAUAAAAGUCUUGAGUUGUUUUCCGCUUUUUGAGACUUUGUGCGGAGCAUUUGUUUCCAAAGGCGAUGGCAUUUGUGCUGCGCCUGACGAAGCGUUUCCAGUAAAGACCUUCAGGGAUCUUAUCGACGUCAGAGAUAAUGACGCUAAGAGAUUUGCAGGUUUGUUAGGCAUCAAAAUCUUGACACGUUGUGAGGUUUUGCUUGAGUUGAUAUUUCCGGAUGUGGUAGGUAAACGUUACUCUACAGAAGAAAUUGACAGAUUGAUGGAAUUCGUGAUGGAUCGAUAUCACGUUUACACUGCAGAGGACGCAAGUUUUCAGCAUCGGUUAAAAGACCUACCCUUUGUCUCAACAAAAACUGACAGAGUAAGACCUAAGGAGGUAUUUGAUCCCAGAAACGAAUUCCUAAAAGGAAUGUUUGCGGAAGAAGAUGUGUUUCCCGUGGGAAAGUAUAAUCACCCGAGAGCUCUAGUAGUUUUAGAAUACCUCGGCAUGAAAGGCGAAGGAGAAAUCACAGGGCAAGAUUUGUACGAAAGCGCAAAAGCAGUGAAUAACAUAUCUGACUUUUCUGUAGCGGAAAUGAAGUCAACAGCGAUCAUGUCAUUCCUAACUAGCAAUCCGACAAAACUUGAAGAGAUCGUCUCUGGAACUUCAGGAUCAGGAAAGCUCGGCAUGCAUCUCAAAAGUAUUCCAUGGGUGUCUGUGAUCAGGCAAAAACCCCAUGACUACCCCGAAAGUCUUCCGUUCUGGGGAGAAACGUACACAGAGAGUUAUUUCCUGAAGCCUUCAGAUGUCAAGUACAAACAAGCAACAAACAUCAUUGGAUCGGUAAAACCUCUUGUCAAAGCGGAGUCAUCAACCCAAUUAACCCGUUUCUUUUCAUGGAACUCAGACCCGGCUGUUUUGGACGUCGUGCAGCACUUGCAGAAUGUAAUACGUUGCUACAGCUCACAAGAGAAGCCGCAUUAUAUUAUCAUCGCCCGAGAAAUGUACGCCUUUCUCAGUCGUGCAGAUCAUAACGAAGUAUUUGCUGCUUUGGAGAAUGUCAAAAACCUUCAGUGGAUUUGGAACGGAGAUGGAUUUUCUUCCCCUAGAUACUUGCUAUCUCAGAAACCUCCGAUUGAUUUGUCACCAUAUAUUUGUUCCCUUCCCUCAGAGGUGACAGAAUUCUACAGGCUGUUUGCAAACUUUGGCUUACUAGAGAAGUGUGAUGACGCAUUCUUGUUAGAUGUUCUUCAUCUAAUAAAAGAGAAGUACGACAACCACCCUCCGCCUUCUAUGGCAGAAGUACGGAAGGACCUUCAGUUGUCUGUGGACAUUUUGAAUGAAAUUAAGCCAAACGUUGGAGAACGGUUGCUGCCAGAACAUCAGGAAAAGGUGCUCAUUCCGACACAUGUGGAAGGCGAUGCGUAUGUUAAGCUUGCACCAGUUGAGAAAUGCAUGUACUGCGAGCAUGAGUGGCUAGAAAGAGGCAGCCAAGAUGGAGAAGAAGAUGAAGAGAUGGAUUACUUUUAUGUACAUCCAAACAUUCCAAACAGCACGGCUGAACUUUUGCACGUUCCAACGUUGAUGAAUCGAAUGUUGGAGCCAGACGAGCUGGAUAUUGGAGAGGAAUUCGGACAAGAAGAAAAACUUACCCGUAGACUAAGCAGACUUUUGGAGGACUACACUGAUGGUUUUGCAGUACCCAAAGAGCUUGUCCAAAACGCAGACGAUGCAGGCGCCACUGAAGUGAGAUUUCUAUAUGACGAACGAACGAACCAGGAUGCCAUGACCUGUCUGAUUGACGAGGAAAUGAAGCAUUGUCAGGGUCCUGCUCUCUGGGUUUACAACGAUGCCGAAUUCAGAGACGAGGAUUUCAAAAACAUCACAAAAUUAAAUGGUGCUACAAAGGAACAAGAAACUGAGAAAAUUGGAAAGUUUGGACUUGGUUUCAACGCAGUCUACAAUCUGACAGAUGUUCCGAUGUUUUUGAGCACAAAUUAUAUUGUUAUUUUCGACCCGAACACGUUCUAUCUUGGAAAGGCACUUAGAAACAAGAACAAACCUGGAAUAAAGAUAAAUAUCAACAAAAACACAAAGAGACUUCGGAAUCUCAGCAAUCAGUUUAAACCGUUUAAUGGAAUAUUUGAUUGCGAUCUUCACCUGGGUAAGGACGACUACUCGUACCCUGGAACUUUGUUUCGUUUUCCAUUACGAACUAGAGAGCAAGCCACGAAAAGUGAAAUCAAGCAACUUCAUUACGACGACAAACAAAUGAAAGGCCUCCUAAAGCUUUUCGCCUCUGGUGCUAAGACCCUUCUUCUCUUCACACAAAAUGUGGUCCGGGUCAGCAUUUAUCAUCUACCCAAAGACUCGAACCAUUCUCGUCCACCUUCGCUCCUGUUUGAAGUUAGCAAGUCAUUGUGUAGAGAAGGUAUCCUAAGAGAAUUAGCCUUUCCAGUUUCAUUAUCCCAAGCUGCAAAGAAACGUAACAAGGAAGAACGUUAUUUUUUGCAACAGUGUAAUUUUUUGCAAGCAUCAUCUGUAGUUGCAAAGAAGGUAGGAGAUGUUGAUAGCUCGAUGCCUGAUCUUCUUAAUUCUGCGCUUACAAUUAACAUUAAGAGCACCACUACAGAGUGCGGAAAAGUGUUUGUGGAAGCCGAGGCCUGCAAGCCAGAUGAGUCUCAGAUUUGGCUUGUUGUAUCUUCCAUGGGCAAAGGACACGCAAUGCAGUUUAAAAAGGAUGACAAGAGUCUACUUCCAUCAGCGGGAGUGGCUGCGAGAUUGACUUUCGAUGAUUUUGGAAAACUCUUACCAGUACCUGUUGUUGAUCAAGUCUCAACGGGUGUGCAACAUCCUGUAGGAAGACUUUUCUGCUACCUCCCGCUUCCAAUAAAAAGUGGGUUUCCAGUUCAUGUGAACGGGGCGUUUGCAGUGGCUUCCAGCAGGCGAGGCUUGAAGGAGAAGACAGCAGACGACAAAGAUUUCAUUGGAGUCGAGUGGAACAAAAGUCUCAUGCAAGACUCCGUAUGUAAAGCUUAUCUAGACCUUCUCGAGGACGUCAAGAGUUUAGCUUCUGACAAGUACCAGUUUUAUUCACUAUGGCCUAGAGCGUGUGAGCUAGAGCAAAACUGCGAGCCCCUUGCGCGCUCGUUCUACCAAAGUUUGGUAAGUGGAGGGUACUCUCUCUUUUCUAAUGGAAGCCAAUGGGUGAACAUUAAUCACGUGGUAUUUCUGGAGCCAAACUUUCGGCAUGAUCCAAAAAUCGGAGAGCUGUCUUUUGAAGUUUUGAAGUUUUUUAAGAAAGAGGAUGCAGUCAUCAUUGACCUUCCAGCUGAGAUCUAUCAGUCAUUUGUCAGCUAUGAUCUCGUGACCACAAUCCAGGAGAAAAACUACGACAAGAGUAAAUUCUUCCGGGAGUUAUUUUUUCCAAACAUUACUUUGAUUCCAUCACACCUGCGAGACCACCUGGUAUUGUACACACUUGAUGACAAAAAUGGAGAGUUUGACGAUCUCAUUAAGACAUACGCUUGUAUUCCAGCCUCACCAAAUGGUCGAAGACUUAAGCGUCCUGCCCAACUCAUUAACCCGACUAAGUUAGCUGCCUCUCUGUUUAGCCCGGAAGACGAAAUGUUUCCAUGUGGAACAAGAGAUACCUUCCAGAACAGUUUACGACUUGCCAAACUUGAGCAACUUGGAAUGUUAACAAAUGACCUCCCUUGGCCACUGCUUGCAGGAAGAGCGCAGAGUAUCAGCCUUUUGAGUGGUCAUUGUGGUGAUUCAGCGUUAAAGCGUACAAAAGUUUUCAUAGAUCAUCUAGAAAGAAAGUUGCUGCAUGAUGAUGAGCAUCCUGCUUCCUUUGAAUUUCGAGAGGAGAUUUUACACGCCAGAUUUUUGCCAGUGCUUCAGAGGCCAGAGAAGUUUCCACUCCCUUGGAAAGCAGAUGACUUUGAUUUUAAUGAUGGCAUAGUAUUCAUGUCUCCCACAGAGUCCUUUCCUAAAAGGGAAAAGAAUCUAGUCUGCUGCACUGAGCCAAUACUUGAUUUACACUUGCCAACCACUGUUCAAGCGUUCCUGCAGUUGGACAGGAAACAGGCUACAAUAGACCAUGUUAAAAUGCAACUUAACAAUGCCACGUCUGUUAGCACACAGAAUUUGGACCACUCUGAGGUCAAGAGCAUAAAAGAUGUUUGCGAGGCAGCGUACAGGUAUCUCGGGGAAGCUCUUUUUAACAAGCGCAUCACGGAGGAGGAAGUAAAAGGGCUGUUUAGCGGGAAAAAGUUUAUUCUCAUUGACGGAGAAUUUGUCCUAACGGAGAAAGUGGCUUUCGAGCUGAAUUUCGAUUGUUCUCCAUAUCUUCGCCAGCUUCCGGAUGAUUUAGCAAAACGUUUUGAAGGGUUGAUGAAAACUGCAGGAGUAAAGGCUGCCUUCAGUGCCAACGACUUCAGAGUUUCUUUGAAUCAAAUAAAGUGCAAAUUUGGGGAGGAAAAACUCGAUCAGAAGAAUGUUCGAGUGGCAGUUAACUUUGCUGUUCAACUGGGAAAUAUUUUAAAGAGUCGUAGUACAAAAGAUGUUGGAGAUGAAGGAGAACAAGAAACCUGCUAUCUACCAGAUUCCAUGGGAGUGAUGAGACCUGUUGGCGAUCUCUGUAUGGGAGACUGCGACUGGAUACCCGACGAAAGUGGUGUACUUCUUGUCAAUGAAAUGAUUCCCUUUCCAGUAAGUGCUCAGCUUGGUGUCAAGACCCGUCGCGAGGAAACUCUACAUCGUUUUUCAACUGGGAUUCCUUUUGGACAAAGCGAACGACUUGAAAAUCGUUUAAGGCGGAUUCUUACAGCGUAUCCUUGUGAGAAAGAAAUACUGAAAGAACUUCUUCAGAAUGCCGAUGAUGCUCAAGCAACAGAGAUUUGCUUUAUCAGCGACCCUCGACAACACUUGGACGAAAAAGUAUUUGGGGACUCCUGGAAACUGCUCCAGGGUCCUGCGUUGUGUGUGUACAACAACCGACCAUUUACGGAGGCUGACAUUGUAGGAAUACAAAAUCUCGGCGAAGGCAGUAAAGGAGACGAUCCCAACAAAACCGGCCAGUAUGGUGUUGGUUUCAAUGCUGUGUACCACCUCACGGACGUACCGUCGUUCGUCUCUAGUAGCGAGGAGAUAGGAGACGUCUUGUGCGUAUUUGAUCCCCAUUACAAAUAUGUACCAGGUGCAACUCAAUGGAAACCAGGAAGGAUGUUCAGAGGAGUGGAAAAGCUCAGAAAAGUAUUUCCAGACGUUUUCUGUUGCUACGACCAGAAAGAGUGUCCCGUGCAGAAUUCGACAAUGUUUCGCUUUCCAUUACGAACAGAAGAGAUGGCGAAUAGCUCUAGGAUAUCGAAGACCCCAGUAACACCCGAUGUCCUAGACGAAAUGAUGAAAGCACUAAAAGAAGAACUGUUCGAGGUUCUGAUCUUUGUGAACAACGUAAGGAAGAUCACCUUGUGCGACAUAGACCCUACAACAGGAGAAAGAAUAAACAUCUACUCCGUUGCAGCAGAAAUGUCGGAGGAGGAUGAAACGAAAAGGCACGAGUUUGCCACUUUUAUCAAGAAUAUUAGAAAAUCAGUUGACCGACCAAGCAACCUUUACCCAUAUGACAUCGAGGUUAGAAAGUGUUCAUAUGUUCUGAAUCUACAAGACAACCGUGGCAACCAAGAAAAGUGGCUUGUUGCUCAGCAAGUUGGAUUUGAGAAACAGGUACAACCAAGCAUAACAGAUGCUUACAGAAGGGGGGAUCUGGGAAUGCUGCCUCGUGGUGGAGUUGCUUGCCUUUUGGAAAGAAGUUCUACGGUUGAUGAGCCUGCAAAUAAGGCGAAGAAAGCUUAUUGUUUCCUUCCACUUCCUCUCGAGACUACUCUCCCAUUACACAUCAAUGGACACUUUGCAUUGGACCAUGAGUCAAGACGAAAUUUGUGGAGAGACGAAGCUAGUGGUUAUCGCACUGACUGGAACAAUGCUCUGCUUGAAGACGUGAUUACAUCAUGUUACCUGACGCUUCUGGAUGAAGUCAGGAGUUUUUAUCAUUUUCCAAUCUCUCCCACUUCGGCACAAAGUAAACUCCAUUCCAACAACGAUACUUUGUUUUCAAAGAUUUUUGAGUACGAAAAGCUUUUCCCUUUGGUUAUUUCAGAAAAAACCUACUGGGCGACCUUACAAAGAUCCGUUUAUCGAGAGAUGAACGAAAAGAGAUUAAAACUCCUCCCAGUGAUGAGAGGUGGCAGAUCAGAAAGGAGUGAUGAGGAGACUCAACUUUUUUGGCUCCCUCCAACAGGCGAGGGGAAAGAAAAGGCAUUUUUCAAUAAUCUAGGAGUAAACGAUUGUUUCGCUAGAAAACUGAGACGUUACCCUCUUGAAGGCGACCUGGAAAAAGAGGAGAAGCGAAGAAAGGAAAAGAUAAGGAGGUUAGAAGACAUCGUACUACAAACGGGCUUUAAUCUUGAGAAGUUCUCGCUCUCUGUGUAUGAGGCAUUAAAAUCAUCUGGCGUGGAAUCGCACUGUAUCUCACCCUCUGCAAUAAUGGCGUUCUACAAGACCUUUAAUGAUGAUAAUCCGCUCUGCUGUGUUGGACCCAUGGCUGUUGAUAUUGAAAAUACGCCGUUCCAGAAGGUUGAAGACACAUUGCUCGUUUUGAAGUACUGUAAGGAUGACGAGAACUUCCUGGAAAACCUACCAGGACUGCCUUUACUCGUAACACAGAACAAUCACCUACACACUUUCAGUUCGAAUGAUCCUAAGUAUCUAUCGCGUCAUCAUGGUAUCUUACCGCAGUGCAGUGAGAUGUUUGUCCACGAUGACGUUAGAUUUCACAUCUUUAAAGAAGAAAAGAGUCACGAGUCACCUGUGUUUAAACGUUUUGGAGUGGAAGAUUUUGCCACACUUUUGCAUCGAGCCCUACCACGACAGUAUUCCACCAGCAAUGGCUUCGUUGCAUGGUGUCCAACACAGGAAUCAGUACCUAAUAGGCAAUGGGUGGGAGCAGUUUGGAAGUUUCUGUGGGAAGAAACUAAAUGUAUCAGUGAAGAAAGGAAUAAUCCUUCCCGAGAAGAGAAAAAAAGAAUGAACAGAAUUCUACAACCACUGUCAAAUUGGAAUAUCCUUCCAUGUACUCAAACGAUCCACAUGGCACCAUCGGCCAAAACAGAACACUUCCUUGUGCCCCUUAAUCUGGCAGAGGCUGUACUUGAUUUUGCAGGUGCCAGUAUCGAUAUCAAUAUCUCCAGACUUGUUGAGACUUUUAGAAAGCUCAGCCUAGCCGAGUUGAACUACCAUUUCUUGCCUUACGACUCCUAGUUCCUUGCACGCAUGCUUGUAGCAAACCUUACGACACCAGAAUCUCUUCUUAAAUCCUUGGAGCUUAAAAUGGCAACGAACCCCAUUGCUAUUUAAGGCAAAUUGACGAAAAUG